GAUAUGUAAUUGACACUUUACUUCUCCCUGUAUACAGUUCCAUUUGGAUCAUGGUUUCAGCAUGUCCGUUGCUGGCUGUCCAUGAGAGAAUGGGACAACUUCCUGGUGCUCUACUAUGAAGACAUGAAAAAGGAUACAAAGGGAACAAUAAAGAAGAUCUGUGACUUUCUAGGGAAAAACUUAGAGCCUGAUGAGCUGGAUCUAGUCCGCAAGCACAGCUCCUUCCAAGUCAUGAAAGAAAACAACAUGAUGGAUUUUAGUAUCAUCGCCAAAGAUGAGUUUCCUAAUGGCACGAACCUCAUGAGAAAAGGUAAAGGAAUUGUCUAGCUCCAUAAAAUGUCA